AUGAAACCAAGCUACCCAAUCCAAAUUAAGCCAAUAAGGGAUGCGAUGAAUGACAUUUGCCUAGAGAUUGAAAAUAAGCAAAAACAGCAACAAAAAAGAAUAAUUGAUAUCACUCAAAGAUUAAUAGCUCUCCAAAACGCAUACGCUCAACGACAGCAAUCAUUUGUGAAAUAUCAGUUUUAUCAGCAAAUUCAAAAACGAAAACAAGAAAAAAUAAAAAUGCAAAUUCCAAAAACAGCCGAUGGGAAAUCUUCCAAAGAUACUGAAUCAGACGACGAAAAUGAAUACAUUAAUUUGGUUAAUAAUACAGACUUCGAAAGCAGCGACAGUAGUGAUGCGAUUCCUUUUUAA